AUGACGACAUCGACGACAGGCCGGCCAGCGCCCUACUCUGCGAGCGACAAGUCGACGUUUGCGUACGAAAGUACGGUCAAGCGAUGGCCGACGAUCCUGGUCCAGAUCAUCGACGACAUCGCUCGCACGAACCAUGAACUGCAUACUCGUGAUGCAACUGGCAAUGCGCACAAGAUAGACGACGGCAAAGCCAUCAUUGCGGAGAUAGACAGCCUGCGCUAUGAGAUUGCACAUGACAGAGACGUCCCGGACCUCGAACCGGACGGAGGAGCCAAUCUAGAGCUUUACAAUGCCGAAUUGGCGACUUGGCGGCAGGAGCACGAGGGCAAACUGACCUGGUUCUCAGGUGGCUGGCUGCUGCUCGAGUGCUACAUGUACCGUCGUAUCAUGUCCUCACUGAGCUCUCGGGCCUUCUGGAAUGACUACGACCCGUUUGCGCGACAGAAAGUGCAAACACUCAAAUCGUCUGGUUCGGCCGUCUACACACUUGCGCUGGCCUUAAGCAGGCUCGGCAAGUCGCACGAUGAGGAGACGCUGCACGCUUCCUUUCUCGAGCUCGUCACUGCUUGUCUUUGGGGCAACGCAACAGAUCUGUCUCUCCUGACCAACAUGACCCACGAGGAUAUACAAAAGCUGCAGAGCACAGGCAGAGAUGCAAGCGCGGAUCAAUUUGUGCUACGCAAUGAUCUGGGAGCAGCAUGGAAGCAUGUCAAGCAACUCAAACAUGGUCGAAUAGACAUCAUUCUCGACAAUUCUGGCUUUGAGCUUUAUACGGAUCUGAUCCUCGCGUGUUGGCUUGUCGAUUCUUCGCCCUUUGCUCGAACGGUCGUAUUCCAUCCCAAGAUGCAGCCGUGGUUUGUAUCGGACGUACUUCCACGCGACUUUGACAUCAUCGACCAGCUACUCGACCAGACCUUCUUCGACAAGCAAGAUAAUGCAGCGAGUGAAGAAGAGCGGACAGCACUGCAGGUCUUUGCCAACAGACUACGCGAGCUUUUUGAUUCUGGCGUUUUUCAGCUGAUCGUCCCAAGUGAUGCCAGGCUGGGUCAAGCUAUAGGCUACCAAGGCGACUUCUGGACGAAUCCGAUGCCAUUCUAUCGCAUUCCGGCCGUCGCGCCGCAGCUUCUGGCCGAGCUGCAAAAGUCUGAUCUGACAAUCUGGAAGGGCGAUCUCAACUAUAGAAGGCUCGUUGGUGACCUAGCUUGGCCAACCACGACAUCCUGGCAGACCGCUCUGGGCGAGCUAGCAGGUCGAUUGGAUCUUCUAUCUCUGCGUACUUGCAAAGCCGACGUCGUGGUUGGUCUCGAAGAAGGCACGCAAGCAGAGCUGGAUGCAAAAGACCCUCGUUGGCGCAUCUCGGGAAAGUAUGCAGUCAUCUCGUUUGACAAGCGAACAGUCUAG